UGUCUUGAGUACACUUUUGUACGCCAUGUACUUCUAAAAAAAAGCGGAUGUGGUGGUUUCCCCCCUUUUUUGCCAUGAUGAAAUGGAAUUUUAUAAGACUAUGCAUGUUUCCCCCCUUCUUGCCUACAAACGCGGAGUUGAGAGAAGAAACAUUGUCUGAAAACUAAAGAAAUGCAUCGACCCUUAUUACUUUCUAUUUACAAUCUGGUAGAGGUGUAGUUUGACUGAGAUUAAAAUGUGAACAGAACAAUAUAUAUAGUUGUUUGUACUUAUCUUUAUGUUGCUGUAGUUAUAUAAUAUAUAUUCUGAAGCUUAUUUUCCUGUGCUAAUAUCAUGGUGGCUAAACUUCAAAUGUUACAAAUAUCAUGGCGGUUUCCAUUGCUUGUGGCUCGUAAAUCCUGGCCAAGACAAACACUGGCAUCCUUAACCAGCCCAGGUCAUAUAAACCUGCAUAAUGCCCCAUACAGUAAUAAUGGAUGGAAUAUUCGCUGACAUUCCAAAGCUCAUGCCAUUUAUUGAUUUAGAGGAUAUGGGCCUAUUCAGUUGCUUCUACGAUUUUGUCUUCUUCAUCUGUCGUGAAAAGGGGCAAAAGAGUAUAACCAUUCAGAGAGCUGUAGCAGCAUGGAAGAUUGUUCUAAAUGGAAGGUUCCGGUUGCUUGAUCGAUGGUGUAACUUUGUUGAGAAGUACCAACGCCACAACAUAUCUGAGGACACCUGGCAGCAGCUACUGGCUUUCAGCAGGUGUGUAAAUGAAGAUCUGGAAGGCUAUGACCCACGAGGUGCUUGGCCUGUUCUGAUUGAUGAUUUUGUGGAGCAAAUGCACAGAAUUUAUCACUCCACUGACUGCAGCAGUGCGAUGGAAUCACAAUGUACCAUUUCCAGUACAUUUAAAGGACUGGACCUUCUACCUGGAUCAAAGAGGAAAUGCCCUCCUCACUUUAGGUCCAAUGAGGAGGAUGUAGAGCUUUCGGAUAGUUUUACACGCUCUGUCCAUCUGACACCAAUAAAACGACUGAAGGAAAGUCAUGGCACUAACUAUGGAGUGGGGGAAUCCAACAAAGGUACAGAUUUCUCAAAUAGUUGCUCAGACUACCUCGAGGAUACGAAUUUACACAAUCCAAGGGGCUGUCUUCAGAACUCGCCUUGUAAUGUUGAGGAUGCCCUGUCAAAAGGGUUCGAGGGUUGCAUCUCGAUGAAAUGCUCCUUUUGAUAUAACCAGGAAUGCAUAGGUUAGUCAUUUUGUGGCAGCCAUAAUCUGCAUACAUUCCAAACUUAAGUGCCACUAUCUUCCAGCGUGUGUAUUUAGUCAAUUUUUUUAGAGGUGAUAUUAUUCUUUUGUACUCGAGUGAUGCUGUAUAGCUCACAGCGGAGUAUGUGCCACCCACGUCUCAUCAUUGAAGGCAUUUUUUGUAAUAUUUUCCUAUGUCAACUGUAUCAGCGUGAUGAGGGCAAUUGUCGAUUGAGCUUGCUUGGCA